AUGCCGCCCAGGGCCGUUGAUCUGGAAGAGGCUCUUCGCAAAAAGGGAGGCUUGACCCUGUCACAAUUGGCCAACUACGACGACAUCCUUACAGAUACACUCGUCGAUCGGGUCUAUUUCUGGUCCUCGAUUCGCAAACUCAAAAGCAACUAUCAUGCCUGUCGUGGAGUGCUCGAAGCUGAUGUAUGCAAGGCGUUACAGACACACGCAAUCGUAGAGAAAGAUGCGGCAGCGGCACAGGAGAAACUUUUGAAAUUAUCCGGCCUCUCGAAAUACCACAAAGGUCUGCGCACUGAAGACGAGAAAGAACAUUUUGUUCGGCACUUGCGGAAAUAUGUCAACAUUUAUCUGCCGGAUUGUCCAUUCGAGGUCGGCACCACAAAUAGAUAUACGAUUCAGACAGCCGAGGCCUGUAUCAUUGCGCGCAAACCAAUCAAAAAGGGCGAGGUCGUAAAGUACUUGAGCGGGAUCCAAGUGGAAAUGACGGAAAAGGAGGAGGAGGAAUUGUCAAGUCGUACGGAUUUCAGCAUAGUUCUCUCGAGUCGGCGGAAACGACCCUCGCUUUUCCUCGGCCCGGCCAGAUUCGCCAAUCAUGAUUGCGACUCAAAUGCGAAGUUGAAUACGACAGGUCCGCACGGGAUACACAUUGUUGCUUGCAAAGACAUCGCAGUGGGAGACGAGAUUACGGUGGUGUAUGGCAUGGACUAUUUCGGAGAAGACAAUUGCGAAUGUCUAUGUGGAACAUGUGAGCGGCUGCUACGUAAUGGUUGGGAUCCGCGUGGACCGAUUUUACAUGAGGAUGGUGACGAAGACAGCGAGAAAGCAAGUGUCAAGCGAGAGGAGCAGCCCUCGAGGGGGUGCUCGGAAGCGAGCAAUGCGAGCAAGAGAAAGCGCGAGGAUGUCGGCCGUGGCUUCAUUGUCGAGGAGACAUCCGCAAGGCACGAUCGUGGAAGAUUGCCAAAGCGGCCCAAAGCGCACAACGUGAAGCCCGCAGAGGAGGACCUCGACGAUCCACCGCGGAUAGAGCUGCAGCGGGAAGCGCCUAUCGAGGAGGAAAUGCAGCAGGAUCCUCUAUUGAGGAAAAUCGUCAAUCUUUUGCGAAGAAGCGCAGAUCGCCCAGAACCAAUAAGAAGUGUGACAAUCAAGACGAGAGAACCGGAGGAGACGACUAGCGAAAAUCAAAGUAACGAUCAUCUGGCAUCUCCUUCAGAGCCGAGUCCGCCUUCCGACGAUUAUAUAUACGAACACGCCGACGCCCGAAGUGCUUCACCUUCGAAAGAAUUGCCGCAACGCACGUGCGACGCGAUUACAACUUCUUCCCUCGAGACUACCAAGCCUAAUAAAUUGCCAUCAGUGAAGAAAUUGCGCAGCUACUCCAGCCUUCGAACAGUUACCAACGCAACCGACUCACAAGCAGAUCCAUACAGUCUUCCAGACAUGAUGCCUAUCCGUUCUGCGCUUCCUGACGAGUCAAAGCCCAUGAAGCGAGGACCCGGAAGGCCGCGGAAGAUCCAGCAAUCAAUGCAGCCUGAUUCUAGUUCGUCUUCCACAGAGAGCAUUGACUCGUCGUCAAAUCAAUCGUCAGGCUCCUCUAGCGUCACAUCGAACGAGUUUGUCCCGGGUGCAAUAGCCCAUCGGAUUUGCGAGUCGUUGAUCUCUAAAGGUGGCGAGGAGGAUGUACAGGACAACGAGUCCGCGAUAGACAAUAAUCGGACAAUAUCAAGAAGUACUACCCGUUCACAGACACGCGAAGACACUCCGCUACGAUCUCCGGAGAAGUCAUCUGAUCGACGGAGAUCAACACGAGGAAAUCCGCUCUCAAGUUUACAAAAAUCCGAACUGCCAACGAAAGCAGUCCGCAGCAUCGAACAAUCACAAACCGACACCGGCCUCGACGAUUCAGAUUCUCACGUCAAGCGUGGAAUUCCACGCACCCCCAAAGACUACACCCUCUGCCGCACACUUCUGCUCACAGUUCACCACCGCUGGGUCGAAUGUCGCAACUGCGAUGAAUAUUUCCUCCAAGCCGACGCCUACCAAACGCGCAUCGCCUGCCCGCGAUGCGAGCGCCACAGUAAACUCUACGGCUACCACUGGCCCAAGACCGACCGCGAGGGCAAAAACGACAACGAACCUCGUAUCCUCGACCACCGACUCAUCCACCGCUUCAUCGACGCGGAGGAGGAGAAGUCAGAGCGAAAAGGACGGAAAGCGCUUGCGGAUUUGCUUGUGAAGGAAAGAGAGGGAAGUGAGCGGCAACAGAGCGAGGAGGAGAACUCUUUGGCUAUUGCUGCGAUUGGGAAGGCAGGCGAGAAGGUCAUGCGGAGGAAUUUCAGGAGUAGUCCUCGGCGCAGCGAGGCGCGGAGGAGGGGUUUGAGGAUGACUAUGUGA